UGACGCUCGUGUCUGCGCUGCGUUACUACAAGUCAUUAGUUCCAGCUGUGGCUCUUUUUGGUUAAACCUCGAGGAGGAGCAGGUGGAGCUGAGACCGCGCUCUUUUCCUCGUCGCGCUUGAACUGACCCGCUCCUUUCUGUCUGGAUUGUCGUAUCGUUGCGCGCGGUCCAAACUCCGUGUGGAAGUCCUCCCGCCGCCUGUGCGCAGUCAUGGCCUCCGCUGCCUCCACGCCCCUGACCACCGGGACCCGCAGUGGCCGCAGCACGCGCUCCUCCGGCCGCGUCAUGACCCCCUCCUCCGCCGUCAGCAGCACGAGCCCCACGCGUCUGUCCCGGCUCCAGGAGAAAGACGAGCUGCGCAGCCUCAAUGACCGCCUCGCCAACUACAUCCAGCGGGUGCAGGACCUCGAGUCUGAGCGCUCCACGCUGCUCGUCCGCCUGGAGGAGAGCGAUGAGUCCAAGGGCCGGGAGAUGGGAAACAUGCGCCGCUUGUACGAAGAGGAACUGGCCGACGUGAGGAAGACGCUGGACAGUGUCGCGAACGAAAGGGCCCGACUCCAGAUAGAGCUUGGGAACAUCUCAAGUGAGAACAAGAAGCUGCACACCAGGCACCAGAAGAGUGAGGGGGAACUGACCAGCGCUCUGUCCCAGUGGAGGAAAGCAGAAGCAGCCCUGAACUCCAGAGAAGCUGAGGUGUCAAAACUGCUGUCGGCCAAAAACAGACUGGAGGAGCAGGUGUCCUAUCUCCUGGACCAGCUCAGAAAUGUAGAGGGGGAACUAUCAGAUAAUAAGAACAAACUGAGCUCAGAGAUAGUGCAGCGCAUCGAUCUGGAAAACCAGCUCCAGACGGCCAAAGAGCAGCUGGCCUUUCAGAAGAACCUCAGUGAACAGGAGACCCAGGAGAUCCGCAGUCGCAGUGAGAGCCGGCUGCUGGAGGUGGAGAUGGCGCGGCGCGGAGAGUUUGAGUCUAAACUGGCCGACGCCAUGCAGCAGCUCAGACAGGACCACGAGAACCAGCUCCAGCAGUACAAAGACGACCUGGACAAGACCUUCAGCUCCAAGUUGCAGCAGGCCCAGCAGACGGCACAAGACAAAACCAACACCGUCUCUGCCGUUAAAGAUGAACUGGAAAACGCCAAUCUACGACUGGAGACGCUCAGCUCACAGCUCCAGGUCUACCAGAAAGAGAAAAUGUCACUGGAGAGCCGCGUGCAGGAGCUGGAGCGGACCCUGGACAGGGAGCGACAGGUGUGGCAGGAGCGGCUCAACGCGAAAGAGCAGGAGAUGCUGGGCCUGAGGAGUCAGAUGUUCUCUCAGCUGGAGGACUACGAGCAUCUCCUGGACACAAAGCUGGCUCUGGACAUGGAGAUCAACGCCUACAGGAAGAUGCUGGAGGUGGAGGAGCAGAGGCUGAAGCUGUCCCCGAGCCCGUCCCAGCGCACCGCAGUGUCCCGCACCCACGAGGAGCGGCCGAGGCUGAGGGGCAGGAAGAGGAAGCACGAGGGUCCUACGGGCAGCUCCCCGGCCUCCAAAAUGUCCUCCUGCUCGACCGAGAGUGGAUCUGUGAGCGUGAGCGAAGUGGACACACAGGGCAGGUUCAUCAGGUUAAAGAAUAACUCGGAGAUGGAGCAGUGUUUGGACGGCUGGGUGGUGCGGAGGCUUUAUCCAGACUCCGGUGAGAUCUCCUUCAACAUCCCGUCCCCGUGUGUCCUGACCGCAGGCCAGACUCUCACUAUCUGGGCGGCCGGCUCUGAGGAGGAAGCGGACUCCAACGACCUGGUCCUGGAGAGCCACAGAACCUGGGGCCCCGCGACCGACGUCAGGAUCAUUCUCCUCAACCCAAACUAUGAGGAGAUGUCUGAGCGGAGGAUGAGGAUUCAGACAGGCCCAGACUUGGACUUUGAGGAGUUCAUGGCUCACAGUGAAAUGCAUCAGUUCAGGAGACAGCCAAAGAAAAAGAAGAGGAAAUGUUGCUCUGUGUCUUGAGCAGUUGUAGGACCACUGUAAGGAGGCCAGUUGUGCGGUCAUGUGAUCUCUUCUGCUUUUCUGAUCCAAACACCAAAACCUGCUGCUGCUGCUCCUCGUACAAACCCGGCCUGUACUACGUGUUUCUUUGGCAACACAUAGUACAGGCCAGGUUUGUACUUGAACUGCAAGACAUAUAAUUUGCACAAGAUAAUAGUUUUAAUUUAAUAUUAAUAAAGACUUCGUAACAAA